AUGGAGCCUGAUCCGAGCCUAGCGCCGGACAGCAUUCCCCAAGACACCAUCCUGAAAGCGGCCGUUUCGCCUGAGCUAGUAAUAGACUCUAAAGCGGCUAUCGCGCCCGUGUCUCGAACGAGCGUUGGGCUCAAGGCCACGUCGGAGAAAAUCUUCGUGUCGGUCCGCGUGCGACCGUUGAACAGGAAGGAGGCGGCGAGCGGGGAUAAGGUAGUGUGGCGCAUUCAAGAACCCAACACGCUCCAUUUCCUGCAGCCGCUUCCCGAGCGCUCGCCGUACCCGGCUGCUUACACUUUCGACCGUGCGUUCGGUCCCGCGUGUCCGUCGGAUCGGGUGUACGAGGAAGGAGCCAAGAACAUUGUGCUGUCCGCGCUCUCCGGGAUCAACGCGUCGAUAUUCGCCUAUGGCAUGACAAGCAGUGGGAAGACGUACACCAUGGAGGCCAUUACUGAUCUUGCCGCUUGCGACAUCUUCACGCACAUUCGGAAUAAUCCGCAUCGCAGCUUCCUGGUGAAGCUGUCAGCUAUCGAGAUCUACAACGAGAUUGUCCGGGACCUCCUCAACCCGGACUCCGGGCCCCUCAGGCUCCUCGAUGAUCCCGAGAGGGGCACGGUGGUGGAGCGACUGACGGAGGUGGGCGUGGAGUCCAAGGGCGACAUGCAGCGGCUGCUGGCGCAGUGCGCGGCGCACAGGGAGGUGGGCGAGACGUCUCUCAACGACGCCAGCUCCAGAUCGCACCAGAUCACUCGCCUCCUGGUGGAGAGCUGUCCCAAUGCAAUGUCACCAGCGGCACUACCUCCAACCCCCCCACCGGCUAUACCCGUGCCAGCAGACGCUGCUGCCACCCAAAUGCUCUCCGCCUCGCUGAACUUUGUGGACCUGGCGGGCAGUGAGAGGGCGUCUCAGACGCACGUGGCGGGCACACGCCUCAAGGAGGGGUGCCACAUCAACAGGAGCCUGCUCACUCUUGCCACCGUGAUCCGCAAGUUGAGCACGGGCAGCAGGGCCAAGGCGGGGCACAUCCCCUACCGGGACUCGAAGCUCACGCGCAUCUUGCAGCAGUCGCUGGGGGGCAACGGGCGCACAGCCAUCAUCACCACCAUCAGCGCCGGGAGGACCCACCUGGACCAGACGCGCAAUACUCUCGCGUUCGCGCUGAGAGCCAAGGAGGUCACCAACUCGGCGUGUGUCAACGUGGUGAGUGGCUCAUCUUUUCGCCUCCCUACGUCCCUCUCCCUUACUGGUCCCGCCAUCCCUCACCCUUACCGCUUCCUCUCCCCACCAGGUGGUGACGGACAGAGCACUGGUGGAGCAGCUGUAGGGGGAGGUGGCCCUGGUGCGGCUGCUUCGUCCUCGCUUCAUCCUCCUCACUUAUUUCCUGCCACCACCCUCCCUUACCACGUCCCUUCUUCUCCCCCAUCAGGUGGUGACGGACAGAGCACUGGUGGAGCAGCUGUAGAGGGAGGUGGCCCUGGUGCGGCUGCUUCAGCACUGGUGGAGCAGCUGCAGAGGGAGGUGGCGCGGCUGAAAAGCGAGAUGCGGCUGCGGCCGUCCAGAGAGCAGUUCCACCAGCAGGCCGUGCGCAUGCAGCAGGUACGAGGGGAGGAGGGGUGUAGCAGGUGCGUGGGGAGGAGGGUGGCAUGUGGCAGUUGCAUGGGGAGGUGUGAGAAAUGCGGGCUCCAAGCAACCUUUCUCAUCUCUCCCUUUUUCAUCUCUCCCCCUCCCUCCCCCUCCCCUUUCCUCUCCCCUUUCUUCCUCUCCCCACUCCCCAUUACAGCUUUGGAGGCGCAGCUGUCGCAGGCGGCGAGGCAGCAGAGCGAGGCACUGGCUCAGGUGCAGCACCUCACACACGCGCUCUCCGCUGCCUCCUCCUGCCACAGCCGCUCCCAAGGCAGUUCCCACGGCAGGCGACGAGCACACGCAGCCUGGCAGAGUGGCAAGGUGCACCCGAUCUCCAGCAUCAACGUCUCAGAGUCAUCCGAUGAUGAAGCGGACGGCUGGGAUCGCUUCACGCCGACCUGCUUCCCGGCAUCCAAGCCGUUGGACCUCGUGCUGCCCACGUGCUUCCCUGGUAGCUUCACCAGGCGACCCAGCAAGCAGCAGAGGGAGAAAGACGCCUCGUUUCAUGCCUCCGCUGCCGCCGCCACCGCCGCCGCUGCUUCUCCUCCUGCUGGUGUGGCUCAGCUGGCGCCAGGGGAAGGGGUGGCUCAGCUGGCAGGUGGGCUGGUUGUGGGCGGCAGAUGGUUGUCCUCUAGCAACAGUGGCUGCGAUGCUGCAGGGGACGGUGGUCAUACCCGUCGGAUCUCCAAGUCGAGAUUUGCCAGCAGCAGCAGCAGCAUGGGAGGGAGAAGGGAGAGAGGCGAGGCUGGAGAAGCGGCCGUGGGGGUGAGUGGGAGGGGAGGAGAGCAGCAGGCGCACGCAGCAAGGGGACGGAUGACAUGGGAGGAGAGCACAAGAGCGAGGGAGGGAGAGCGGCAGUGGGAGCAGCAUGAGGGAGGGGAAGCCGACGAGCGAGAGAUCAGCCAGAGGAGGAGCGGUAGGCUAGGAAGGGACCAGGGAGGAGGCUCGUUUGGCAGAGAGAGCGUGUCCCGCCAGUCGCUGCAGUCCCUCCAUUCUCUCCAGUCACUGGAAGCGUGGGUGGCGGGGGGCAGGGCGAGGGAGAGGCGGCGGCGGCGCAAGGCGGUGAGCGCCAAGGUGCUGGCGCUGAUGCACGAGAUCCAGCGCCUGGAGAAGCUGCAGGACGCCCUGGGGGACGACGUGGGGCGCGCCAUGGGGGCUCUUCAGGGGGAGAUGGAGCGCAUGAGAGCCAGGCAGCAGGGGCAGGCGCACGGGCACAGGCAGGGGCUCGGGCAGGGGCAUGGGCAGGCGCAUGGGCAGGGGCAGGGGCAGGGGCAGGGGCAGGGGCAGGGGCAGGGGCAGGGGCAGGGGCAGGGGCAGGGGCAGGGGCAGGGGCAGGGGCAGGGGCAGGGGCAGGGGCAGGGGCAGGGGCAGGGGCAGGGGCAGGAGAGUGAGAGUCUGUCAGAAGGCGGCGUGCAAACGCCCCUCAGCCACCUCUCUGGAAUCCUGACGCCCCCAUACCACUGCGUGUCUGGACUUCUCACCCCCUCCUCCAACAUCUCCUCCUGUUACGCGUCUGGCCUCCUCACCCCGCUCUCUCACCAGCUCUCUGGCCUUCUCACGCCCUCGUUAGCCUCCCAGCCUGACCUCCAGCGGAUGGAGUUCCUGUUUCAGUCGGCAGCAGAGGUGAACGUGGCGAGCAUUCGCACGUACGUGCUUGAACUGAAGGAGAUUGUAGCGAAGCUGCACUACCAGAAGCAGCUGCUGGUGAAACAGGUGGUGGAGCUGGAGGCGGGUAGGCUAGGCGAGGAGGACGAGGAUGAGAUGGAGGAGGAUGAUGAUGAGGAUGAGGAGGCAGAGGGAGGGGGAGCUGGGGACAGAGGCUGGGGCAAUGAGGAGGAGGAUCGAGGGAUGGGGAGAGCACAGGGGGGACGAGAGGCCAAUGGUAGAGAAAGAAGAGGGCGAUGGAACCGAACAGAUUCAGGGCAUGCUUCUGGAGCAGCAUGCAUUGAAACACCCGCCAACGCUCGUCCCCGACAGCAUCAGCCUGGCCUUCCCCCUUAUAUUGUUCCACACUUUGAAUCGGGGUUCAGGGAGGAGAUGAGAGAGACUGUGGUGCUGUGGGACCGCUGCCAGGUGUCGCUCAUCCGUCGCACGCAGCUGUUCCUUGUGCUGAUGCAAGGAGAGCCGUCGGAUCGGGUGUACCUGCAGGUGGAGAGGCGUCGGCUGCAGUGGCUCGUACAGCACGUGGGGGCAGAGGGGCAGGCCGCCAGGGAGAGGGAGCUGAGGAAGGAGAGGGAGUACCUGGCCCAGCGAAUGGCCCACUGCUUCACACUCCAUCACCGCCUCGAGCUCUUCCGCCAGUGGGGCAUUGCCACGUCAUCGCGCCAACGCAAGCGCCAGCUGGUUGUGCUCCUGUGGAGCCGGCCGCUCGAUGAGCGCCACACGGAGGCUAGUGCUCGGAUCGUGGGACGGCUGACUGGGAUGAUUGAAAGUAGCGCGGGGGAAGGAGCACCGCAGUGCGUUCUUCAGGUCUACAGCCCUGCUGCUGCUGCUGCUGCUGCUGCUGCUGCUGUUUCCCUCUUUGAUUCACCUGCAGCGGCUGCUGCAUUUGAUUCUCCUGCCCCCUUCCCCUCCUCCCCCCAUUCCAGCACCUCCUGUCCAAAACCCCGCUCCGCCACUCAAUCCCCCGCCCCCUCCCCCCCCGGCACCCCAUCGGAGACCAAACAGACACUCUUUGGCGUGUUCAUGGCCCCAGGGCAGCUGGCCCCCAAUCAUGAGCGUUAUGGGGUCGAAGAGCGUGUUGAGGAUGAAUAUAUCGGAGGUGACAUAAGCAAGCGAGUACUGCGGAAAGAAGCAGCGCCACUGGGUUUGACUCGGAAGAUCUGCCGAGUGGAGGGAACCGGGAAAGAGAG